GUAUUGUAAACAUCGCAAUGAGGACUAUUGGUGUUAUUUUAAUCUUAUUUUUAACACUAUUGGAGGUCAAGAGUAGAGAAUUAAUUCGCCAGAGAUCAGAAGUGGACUGCUUUGAUACCAUUAAAGACUCUUCGUAUGAUCCUUGGUGCGGAUAUGAUAUAGAUUGCUACGCUCUGGCAAGAAAUGCAGAUUGGAUCGAAGCAGAGGAGUGCAUCCGUAGGGAAUUGAAAAGGCCUGGAUUGUUGAAAGUAAUUAAGGGCAAAUGUCCAAAUGAUAAAGCACCCUGCUUUCUUUUACCCCAAAAUUAAUAUUUUUACAAAAAUGUAAUACGGAAAAUAAAAAAAUGUUGUUAGGAA